UUUUGAGGCCUUCCACGCAUCCGAAGAAAGCGAAGGCUUCUCAGCCCUCGGAGAAGGAAGCAGUUUCGGAAGUCAUGCCUCCUCCUAAGAAUCUUCUUCACUUCAUGCCCUUGCCAGGGCAGAAGUUAAAGAGUGUGGUGGUUGCUGAACCGCCGGCCGUGGAUCAGCCGCUGAUCGAGGAAGAUAUCAUCCCUUCUCCCCUUAAACCAUCUGCUGCUUUGGGGAUCGAAAUCCAGGAUAUCACCGAGGUGAUGGAGGCGAUUGAAGCCGAUUUUGUUCCUGGUUCGGAUGUCCCUGAGGUAGCUGGGGAGAAGAAGGAGUCUGCUGAUCUUCCCUUCGAGAGGGAGAAGAGUCCAGACAAGGAGAUGAUAGAUCUCUCGGGCCCCGAAGCUGCGGUCCCCGAGGUUCAGAAGGAGGUUCCCUCUGCUGGAGAGGAGGAGCAGCCCGAGCAAGGUUUGACGAGGAAGAGGCGCCACUCAACUUUGGGUUCUACUUCUACCUCGGCCCUGGAUAGGCUGAUCCAUGCUGAUCCCUGUUCGGAUGUUCCGCUAAAACGGAUCCCCGAAGAAGUAAGGGAGGCGAUGGCUCGAUAUGCCAGGGCUCCGAUUUUGGGAGAGGACCCUUUGGCUCACGUGGGAUCCUUGGUGGGCCCCGAGGCUGCUCGGGAGAAUCUGCUUCGUGCUAACCCGCAGUGGAGGGUUCCUGGGGCCGAAGAGAGGAAUCCGGCAAUGAUGGCCCAGUACUAUCUGAACGAGGCUGUUUUCUGGUCUUCGUUCGCUUCCGAGUGUAGCUCGGUUGAGGAGAAACAACUGAGGAAAUAUCGUGAGGCUUAUGCUCGUGAUAUUCCCAUUUUGGACCAGAAGGCUGGGCAACUCCUCUCCGAGCUUACGGAACUCAAGCAGCUGUACCUUCACUAUAGUCGCGAGGCUAGAGAGUCUGCUGAGAAGAUCGGGACCGAGGUUGGCCAGCUCAUCUUCCGAGUUGAAGAGGAUGCUGAGAAGAUCGCUUCCUUUGCUGAGGAGAAGAAGGAUAUGGCCGCUAAGUUCGCUAGCGAACUUGAGGAAAAAGAUAGACUCUUCCAGGAGAUGAAGUCUAAAUUUGAAGCGGCCGACAAGGAGCGUAAAGAGGCGGAGUUAAGGCUCCACCAUUUUGUCCAGCAUCGGGAGCUGAUCCAGCAGCAAGCUGAUAAGGUGCCUGUCCUUCGGCUGAAGCUUCGGGAAAAAGAUGACUAUAUUCGGAAGCUGGAGCAGGAGCGAGUCAACCUCUGCACUGCUGAUCAGUCUCGGUUCGGUGCGUAA